AUGUUGAAACUAUCCAUGAUUUCCUGUGCAGACAAGUGCGGCGGCAUUUGUGGGACGGAUGCUGACUGCGUUGUGAAUGAUGUUGGCGACAAUGUGUGCCAAUGCAAGGACGGUUCUACCUUCAACGAAGUUGACUAUACAUGCGGCGAUGGUGCUGUGGACGAGUGCGGCGGCAUUUGUGGGACGGAUGCUGACUGCGUGGUGAUUGGUAUUGGCACCGGUGUGUGCCAUUGCAAGGACGGUUCUGCCUUCAAUGACGCUGACUAUACAUGCGGCGAUGAUGUUGGGGCCUCCCUCCUCCAGACGACAGUGCAGGUGCAGCUACAGGUGAAGGAGAAUGGUCGGCCGCGCAGCUACCCGGAGAACGUCCAGUUCAGCACAGACGGGCCGGCAGAGCAAGCCAGUGGCAGCACCGCCUGCACCGACCUCACCUCCAGCUUGAGCCUCCCCGGCGACACCCAGAUCAGCGUCCAGUGGCAAUCCUACGGCCUUCAGGGGGCCGGCAACGGCAUGUGCAAGAGCGUUUCGUUUUACAGCAACCCGGGCUGCACGGGCAACCCGGGCCUCAAGAUCCCGCGUCCUGCAAAGGAUGGUGGCUCCUACCACAACACAGACAGGACUGUCAAAGCGACGGAUUUGCCAAAAUCAGUUGGCUCCACGUGCCACAAGGACUGCGGAGCUGCUGAGUGCGUUGUGAAGGACGGCCAGCCCCAGUGCCAGUGCCCCUGGGGCUACAUGUUCGAUGCAGCACAGAAGAUCUGCAGUGAUAAGACCUUCAAUCCUGCUGACAACCCUUGCAAGACGGGCACACUGAAGUGCGACAAGAACUCCAUGUGCGUUGUGAAGAACGGGCAGGGGACGUGCCAGUGCAACACCGGCUACACCAAGACGAACGGCUUCUGCACUGGUGAGCUCACCAGGGGGUCUACUUAA